GUUUCUCACAUAACAUUUAUCUGUUAGUUAAAGACAUAAUUUUUACUAAAGUACCUAUUUAAAAAUAUUCGUUUCUCCAAUCAAUUCUUCAUAUUUUAAGCAUAAGCAAAAUUCGUAACGCACUUUUUGAAUUUACUACAUUUGGUUUUAUAAGAUUUCGUUAAGUAACAAUGGCUCCAAAAGCUAAGAAACCAGCAAAGAAAGAUAUUAAAAAGAAGUCUGCCUUGAAACUGGCGGGUCCACCUCCAAAGCCGAAGAAAAUACCACCUCCACCAGCUUGUUUUACUAACGAAGAUAUACAGAAAUACAAAGAAAUAUUUAGGUUAUUUGACGAGGAACAGAUUGAUAAGGUACCUUUAAAUAUGAUACCGCAAAUGCUAAGGAAGAUAGGAUUAAAUCCGAAGACAGCAGAACUAAAUCAGAUGUACGCGACGUUUCUAGAAGACGAUCUUGUUGAUACGGUAGAAUUUCAUGAAUUUCUGCAAAUGAUAGAAGCUAAAGUUAACUUCGGAGAUGACUUCGAGAUAGAUAUAACACGUGCUAUAGCUGCACUAGGACAUGACGACGAAGAAACAGGCUUCGUUGACUUCGAAGUAUUCAAGGGGGAACUUAUGGAAUGGGGCGAACCGCUUUUGGAGAUAGAAUUUAUGGAUUGGACCAAAUUAGCCAUAAGAGAUAAGUCGUAUACCCAACAAGAUGGCAGGUUUUGCUACGGGAAGUUUGUGGAGAACAUGAAUAACAGAGACAUGCGAUUCUUUAAGGAACCGAUAAACUAUUUCAAGCUUGAUCAGAAGACUUUAGCUGAAUUGGCCAUCAAGAAGGCGCAGGCAAUGAAAGAAGAGCAGGAAAGGAGAGAACUUGAGAAGAAGGCUCGAGAUGAGGCUAGGAGACAGAAAAUGAUUGCUGAUGGCUUAUUGCUCCCUGAUGAACCGUUGCCCGUUGCUGAAAAAGCGACCACUAGUGCUGACGCAGGAGGCACGACUGCUGCCGCCGACGAAGUAGAAAAGGAACCAGAGUAAUCAAAAACGUUCACUUCAUAAUCAUUUGAAUUCUUUAUUUUGAUUUUAUUUGUUCCAUUUUCGAUAGCAUGUUUACUAUAACAGUUAUGGUAAUUGUAGUAUUACUCGUUUAGAUUAAAAUAUCUUUAAUAGACGAUUUUCUGAUUA